AUGCGAUCCUUUCCAUUGAAAUUAUUCACCUCGCGCGACUUCAGCCUCACCCACCCGGACAAGAAACGCACUUGCAUCCUCGAUCUACCCACUGAGAUGCUACAACGCGUCAUAGGCUCCAGCACACCGGAGACUCUGACUGCCUUGCGCCUAGUGUGCAAGACAUUCGAAGCGGCAACUCUCGACACAUGGGCGAAAGAGCACAUUACCCGACUCGGGUGCUUCAUACUAGAUCCAGCCCGCCCACUUCGAGUCCAUGACAUCAUGUCGACACCGCGUCUCGCUUCCCGGGUGAGAACUGUCGCCUUCUCACUUAGUGCUUACGAAACCCGGUUUGGAGUAUCCCUAGCACCGCCUAUAGACACCUCGUUCCUCAAGGCAGAGUCUAAUGCGAUCCUUCAUCACGGAGAGGCUCAGUACAGCCAGCAUGCCUGUGGCGUCGAGGGUGUCCGUACAAGUUGCUGGGACAUCAUGGCUUCCGUCAUGGCGCAGGUGGCAAAACAUUCGACUUGCUCGGUCGUGAUCGACAUACAAGGCGAGGACUCCGUCUGGGACCAGGUUUCGCGCUGCCGUCCACAGCUCGUCAAGGAGAUCCUUGACGUAGCACUCAGGGCAGGUUGCAAUGUAGAUGGCCUACUACUUACAGAUCGCUACGUACUGAAAGCUGAUCAAUUCGAGCAAGGCGCAGCCCUUGAGCGCGUCACUCACGGCUUGCGUCGCUUCGCCUACGAGGUAUGGCCGAGCAAUGAGGCAGACCUCCAGACAGUAUGGACAGUAGAGCACUGGCGUAUCGUCACUGCUGUCGUGGAGACAGCAGACACACUUCGGCAAUUCGAGCUAGGGCUGGCACGGGUGCCAGACGUGAGCGAAAUCGCCGCGGGAAGUUGCAAAUUAUGCGACCAAGUCUUCCUCAGUCCCAACGUGAGCUACUUACGCAAGCUCUCAUUCUACAAUUUUAAUAUGAAUAGCAGUGUGCUCGAGCGAAUCCCGAACGCUUGUGCUCCGACGCUGGAGAUAUUCGGUCUUGCUGGGAUGUUGAUGCUUGGUAAAGGUGACAUCUACACUGCACUUUUCAAGAUACCGCAUGGCAUGGCCCGACUGCAGAAGUUACGUUUGUGGGGUUUGUGUCAGCAAUCCAGCAUAAGCGACACGGCUGGAUGGUCGCAAGUAACGUUUUUGGUGCCGGGCCAGGGCGAGGAGCGGUUUGACUCUAUGCCUGACGGGAAUAAAAUGGAUGCGCAGCCCUUCCUAAGCCUCAAUCUGGAGCAUGGACUGUAA